AUGGCCACUGUCGGCACAAAUCGCCCCGGUGGCUACCACCACCACCACCAAAACCCUCUACAGAACGACGACGAAUUCUCUUUACGCCAUAUGAUGGAUGCUGAACCUAACGGUCCCGAUAGCGCGAGGGAUAUCCUCAGCGGUAGCAGCUCAAUACCAGCUGCAGGCGAUACAAGUGGGAAUGGAGUCGUUGAUAUUACUGCGGCGCAAAAGAUGGUAUCGGCCAUGUCGGGCAGUUUAUUAACGUCAUUGCUCGUCACACCUCUCGAUGUCGUCCGCGUACGCCUCCAAUCGCAAAAAGCUCCUCAAUCAGUCGUCGACUUCUCCAAACUCGCCAUAACAACCUCCUCCCUCUCCCCCGCCCAAACCGCCGAACUGGGCAUCACAUCAUGCUGUCGCGAAGUCUUCUUCUCCGGCGGCAACGCGGAAUUCUGUCUCGCAGCGCCCAGGAUAGACGGCAUCACCUCUGCGCCUCCACCUCCAGCCGAAUGCGCCGUCGAAGAAGUCCAGCGCCGCACUUUCAGCUCUACUUUUGAUGGCCUGCGAAAAAUUGCCCGCAAUGAGGGCGUCACGACUCUUUGGCGGGGGUUGUCACCUACGCUCGUUAUGGCUAUCCCUUCGAAUAUUAUUUACUUUACUGGAUACGAUUACCUGCGAUUCAACUCGAAUAGUCCCUUUUCACGAUUUUCCGAUACAUCGGCUCCCUUGACGGCUGGAUCGGCUGCUCGAGUCCUUGCGGCGACAGCUGUGAGCCCUAUUGAACUUGUGAAAACAAGAAUGCAGGCCGCUUCUGGAGCUUCGACAACGAAUCACCUGGUGGAAGCUUUCGAAAGUGUUAAGGGAAUGGUUGGAACACACGGAUAUACUGCGCUAUGGCGAGGGUUGACGUUGACUUUGUGGAGAGAUGUUCCUUUCUCAGGUCUGUACUGGUGGGGGUACGAAUCGAUACGAUCACGAUUGACGGACUACCGAGAAAGCCGCCAAGGCAGCACUCUGCCAUUCGAAGACGAUCUGGCAGAAUCAAGAAGAAGAGCUCAGGUCAAGGAGAACCACACCGAAACCUUCGUGGACGCUUUCACAGCCGGUGCACUAUCCGGAGCCUUCGCCUCAUUCAUCACAACACCUUUCGACGUCGGCAAGACACGAACACAAAUUUACCAGGAUGGUUCAAAGAAGGCCCAACAAGGCGCCGCCAAAGCAGCGCCCGAGGAGCGCAGUAUGGUGCGUCUCCUCUGGCACAUCUUCAAGACCGAAGGAGCCUCAGGUCUAUGGAAGGGAUGGAUCCCACGAACCCUCAAAGUUGCACCGGCAUGUGCCAUCAUGAUCAGCAGCUACGAAGUCGGCAAGCGAGCGUUCCGCGGUGUGAACGAGAAGCGUCUCAACGGCACUAAAGAAUGA